AUGAACCGCAAGAUAGAGGGUGACGAGAGAGCUGCGUUAGUGAUGGGUGAACGUUCAUCAAUGAGCGGCACCUACAUUGCCCCGGCACGAAAAAGUCAGAUCCAUUCCUUUCGUUUCUUCCUCUCCUCUCCAACUCCGGCAACGGUAGCAGUGAGUUCGGUAGAUUCUCUUGCUUCUUUAUAUUGGCGCGGCGCAGUCGAACUUUGCCGAGCCAUCCUCAAAUCUAUGCUUCCAGUCUUCUGCGAGUAA